GUCAUUUUACACUCUGUUAGGCUGUGACACUACGCUAAUCCUCCUUUCAAAGAAUAAAUGUUUACAAGAGUGUUACUGCCGUAAGUUUAAGAGACUAGAAGCACCGCCGACACCUGAUUGCCACCCCAAAGGAUAAAGAACGUAGCAGUAGUCUAGCGAUAAAGAGCAGUGCGUGUGGUGGGCAGUGAUGGAGUACUUCCAAUGACAGCUUCGGGUACCACUGACGUGUAGUCCUUGAUAUAUUCAGCUGAUCUUCAGCGAGCACCACUUGUGCCACGCAGUAAGGACCCAGAGAUAAAACACAGCCCAAUGCUAGCUUCACGUGACAACAUGGAAGCUGUCGCCAAGUUUGAUUUCACUGCCUCGGGUGAGGACGAACUGAGCUUUCACACUGGAGAUGUCCUGAAGAUUUUAAGUAACCAGGAGGAGUGGUUCAAGGCGGAGCUUGGGAGCCAAGAAGGAUAUGUGCCUAAGAAUUUCAUAGACAUCCAGUUUCCUGAAUGGUUUCACGAAGGCCUCUCGCGGCACCAGGCGGAGAACUUACUCAUGGGCAAGGAGGUUGGCUUCUUCAUCAUCCGGGCCAGCCAGAGCUCCCCAGGGGACUUCUCCAUCUCUGUCAGGCACGAGGAUGACGUUCAGCACUUCAAGGUCAUGCGAGACAACAAGGGCAAUUACUUCCUGUGGACUGAGAAGUUCCCAUCCCUAAAUAAGCUGGUGGACUACUACAGGACGACAUCCAUCUCCAAACAGAAGCAGAUCUUCCUGAGGGACAGAACCCGAGAAGAUCAGGGUCGCCGAGGCAACAGCCUGGACCGGAGGCCCCAGGGAGGCCCCCACCUCAGUGGGGCGGUGGGAGAGGAAAUGCGGCCCUCCAUGAACCGCAAGCUGUCGGACCACCCGCCGGCCCUGCCCCCGCAGCACCAGCAGCCCCAGCAGGCGCCCCUCCAGUGCGCCCUGGCGCUGCAGCCGCCCCAGCAGCGCUACCUGCAGCACCCCCACUUUCACCAGGAGCGCCGUGGAGGCAGCCUCGACAUAAACGACGGGCACUGUGGCACCGGCCUGGGCAGCGAAAUGAACGCGGCCCUCAUGCACCGCAGGCACACGGACCCGGUGCAGCUGCAAGCGGCAGGGCGCGUGCGGUGGGCUCGGGCUCUCUACGACUUCGAGGCCCUGGAGGAUGACGAGCUGGGAUUCCACAGCGGAGAGGUGGUCGAGGUGCUGGAUAGCUCCAACCCGUCCUGGUGGACCGGCCGACUGCACAACAAACUGGGCCUCUUCCCUGCCAACUAUGUGGCACCCAUGACGCGGUGAGCCCUUCAGGGGCCAGAGACUUUUUGUCUGAAGCUUCCCACAAGAGAGGGGACAAGGAAAAAAGGCUGGACUGCAUGACUACAUAUACAUACAUAGGUCUAUGUAUGCCUAUGUACACACACAAUGUUUUAUAAUAGUAAUUUAUUGGCAACUGGGUUGGCUAAUUAGUUGAAAUGAACAGGAGCUUGGGUGGAGAAUGAUAUUCAUACUUGUUUGUCUGUUCCCCCUGGGGUGUGCGGAAGGCAGUGGGGGGAGGGAGUUGCAGGGAAAUGAAAUGGAAAUUCCCCUGUCCU